AGAGCGCAGAGGGACAGCGAGCAGCAGCCUAUUUCCCUCUCCCAGUUCACAAUAGCUCCUCUGGCAGCCCGCGCCUCACCCUUCCUCCUCCUCUUCCUCACUCCACACAUCCAGAGCGCUGACAGCUCACAGCAGGAGCAGUGCGGUUCUCACCAAAGCUUCAGUGUUAAUUCGCGCUCGUUGUCAUCAGCCCACUCAGAGGCUGGAUUGAGGCUGGGGACGCAGACCAGAGAAUGGAAUGGAACCUUCGAAGAAUGGAGAGUGAACUAAGACACAUCAAUCCGGACUUGCUCCAACCCAGCAAGAGCUUCAAAAAGCCCUCAGCUGGCACCAUCACUCUCAAUGUAGGUGGUUUUUUGUACACCGCACAUCGGAGCACCCUUGCCAAACACCUGGGCUCCUUCCUGGAAGAAUUGGCCAAUGGGAAGAAGCCAGUGCAGCACACCGACUCCAUGGGAAACCCCUUCAUCGACAGAGACGGUCCUGUCUUUCGGCACGUUCUCAACUAUCUCCGGACUGGUGAGCUGCAGCUGCCCGAUGAUUUCAGGGAGGCGGGGCUUCUGAGGAAAGAGGCAGACUUUUACCGGCUGAGCGAACUGGUCGACUUGGUGUGCGAAUGGGAGAGUCAGAGGGCAGCAAACAAAGAACCAGCAUUUUUAGAAGUGACAGACAGCCACGACCGAUCCCAAGGCCUCAAAGUGUACUGCAGCGACCAUACCUUCAUCGAUAAGGUCAAAGCUCGUCUCGUGCAGAUCUCCAAAAGUCGCCUGGAUGGGUUUCCCGAAGAGUUUGUGGUUUCGUCCAACGUGAUCCAGUUUAAACAUUUCAUCAAGUCUGAGCCGGGGUCCAGACUAGUGCUAAAGGAGGACAGUACUUUCCUGUGUACUCUUGACUGUCUGAAACUAGAGACAGUGAUGCUAGCGCUACGGUCUGGCUAUAAGCUUAUCACUAGCUUAGACAGCAGUAAAGGCUCUGUGGUGGCAGCAGAGGCCUUGCAUUUUGUCAAGUAAGAAAAUGUUAAACCUAAUUUGAAGAGUGGAGAAACAUAUUGAUGUUGGCAUUGGCUUGAAGUAAUUGUACAAAUUGUGCCGAGUUGUGAAAACAGGAGUACAUGUGGAGCUUCUUAAAAUGUUCCCUGAAAAGUGUUUAUAAUAUUGUUGGCUUUCAAAUGCAGGUUUUGUAACUUAGAGUGAAGCCACAGUGCAGUUAUAUGGCAGCAGUCUUGCCAACAGCUUUGUUAUGUCAUAAAUAUACAAAUGAUUUAUGUUCGUCUUCAGUGCAUUUGGUUCGGACCACACUAAAAGUAAUUGAUCAAUACCUUCCAUGUGGAUGUCAAAGGUUUCAUUCACAAACAGUGGAUCCUGGACUCUGCACACAUGCACUGCUUUUGCUGCGAAAGCCUCUAAAAUGUGGUGCCAGUCAGCUCCUACUCUGUGUUUGCGCGUGGCUCUGCGUCAUGAUGCUAUGGUGUGAUCAGUGGGUUCAAUAGCUUGUGGUAUAUUAGCCUUUUUUGGAGACUAAAUAAUAAUAUCAUGUAUCAAGAUUGCAUUUUUUCAGUUUGGACUGAACACUACAUCAAUUCAUUAAUAACAUUGUGGCACCAAGAGCUUCAGUGUUGAGUGAGAACCGUACUAUUGUAAGGGCUUUGAAUCUAGCAUGAUGCAUGUGCACUACACUGUGUUUGUAAGUGCUGUGAGACCUGAUGCCUAUUCAUUUCACUUGUGAAUAUUUUACAAAUAAAAGUGACA